AUGGGCUCGGAGUGGCAGCAGCUUCGAGAAAUCAACCCUGUUUUCUGCGAGCGUGUUUCGAAGGUCUUCUUGCAUAUUGGAAACUUUUGCUUGGCUGCAGCUACGCUUGAGGAUGUACAGGCUAUCGUGGAUGAUUCGAUGAGUGAUGUUCUUAAGAUUGAGGAUCGUGUGGCGCUUACAGAGUCAGUGCAUAAGUGGUGCGCGCUUCAUCAAGGGACAGUGGAAAGGACUGUUCGCGAGAUCGGGCAGAAUGUCCGACGUGGGCCUUAUAUCCGUCGUGGGCCCAGUGUGACGGCUGCCGAUUUGUAUGAAGGGCUUAUAGCUUCUGACCCUGUGCUGGGUUUGGCUGCUCUUGAGAAGAAGUUAAAGCUUCGCAAAGCUGGAACAGGGGCGCGUGUGGAAGCAGAGGACUUGUGCAGGAAGUACUUCGGUUGUGCCACGUCCCGUGAGUAUCAGAUUGGGACAUUGCAUCAGAUUGAGAAGAGCCGCAGUCACGUCAGUAUCAGGUUGCACCUCCACCGCGGCCAGAUCCUUUCUGGCCACAGCGACGGUUCCGACAGUGGGACAAUGAUUGGGGGCAAGGCCAACCGCGAUGAAUCCAAGGGCGAUGGCAAGGGUCUCGGCGGUGGCAAGGGCAAGAGUGAUCAUGCGCUCUGGACACACACGGUGCAUGCAGUCCCAUCCGAUGUGGCAGCAUUUCCAGAGCUUGGCAGCAAAGGCGGCAGCACCGACCGGGGCACGGGAUGGAGAUAUCAGAUCACACUUACAGCAGCUCUGCACGCCAUCCGUUUACAGAGGCAGCAGGGCUUGUACUUCAUUCUUGAGCACCCUGAGGAUCUGGGCCGUGUGCCGUCUGGUGAGAGGCCUGCUUCCAUUUGGUCUUUUGAUGAGGUUCGUCAGAUUUGCGCUGGAGGCGAUGUCAGUUGCUGGGCAUUGCAUCAAUGCCUUUUCGGGGCUAUGUCUUGCAAACCCACUCGCUUGUUAUCCAAUCUGCCCGGAGCAUUGAACUUUGGGAUACAGAUGCCAUGUUUCAAUGAUGACGGGGACUACGUGGGGCCGCUCUUGCGCUGUCCGCAUUCACAUGCAGAUCGAGCCUGCGGUUUUCAGGAUGGCACUUGGAAAUCGGCCGCCACGGCGGCUUACCCUUCGGAGUUCGCUGCUUUCUUCGCCCGUCUCUCUUUGAGUGUGAUGCCUGAGCUGAGGGCCGUGGCUGACUCCGACCUGAUCCCAGCCAACAUCCCUUCAUCCGCCGAAGCCUUUGCCACGGAGUGCAUCGCACGCGGUUCUUUCGAUCGUGCUUCAGUUCAGAUUCUUUUCGACUUGCUUCCUAAGACUCGGCCUCAUAAGAUCACGGGCAGUGCAGAACCUGGCACCGCUUUCUUUGGAGGCACUGUGCACCAGGAGGGUCUCACCGCACCGCGGUCCACUUGUUUUACAUUCCCCGAGUCCAUGCGUGUGAUCAAUGCUUUUCUUCACUCCGUGGACCCGCACCACCGUUACGCUGCUUUUGUUCUCACAAAGAACGUGACUAGUGAGGUUCAUCGUGAUCCGCGAAAUGCAGCUGUGCCCAACAUGAUUGUGGCAAUUUCCUCCUUUACUGAUGGUGGCAUUUGGAUACAGGAUGACUCAGGUACCCAGGUGCGAUCCUUUCACGGCUCGCCCGUCACAGGCACUGUACACUCCUUACAAGACGGACCCGUCUACCUGGAUGCCCGUGGAUGUUUGCAUGCUACCCAACCUUGGGUUGGGGAUCGUCUCAUCGCCAUUGCAUACACCCCUCAGAACAUGCACCUGCUCUCUGUUGAUGAUUCGGCUUUUCUGGCUUCAUUGGGCUUUCCUGUCUUGGAUUCCUCUCCUGCGGGGGGGGAGGCACCAGCGGAAUCCUUCGUUUCCUCAGACAACUUCACCUUGGCUGCAGCAGUGCCGGCGAUAGACAACUCAGGCACUGGAGAUGCUCAGGAGGUCGUGGUGAUCGAUCAUGAGGAGUCGGCCAGGGAAGCUUUUGACCCCAAGACUAGUCGCGCUUUCGGGCAGCCUAUGAUCUGCAAGUUUGAAAUGGGCAAGCAAGAGUUUGUGGACGGCUUCGGGUUGUGUUCGCCUGGCCGUUGGGCUCCCGAGGCGAGAGAGAAGUUGGCGUCGAGUGAUGAGGUGGCACAUGCAGAGGGAAUUCGCGGAUUGCUACGAGACUUUGUGAUUGAUCAGCUGAAAGACCCCAAGGACAUGGCGUUCCGUCUCGCGACGGGCCAUGUGAAGAAUUCUCCUUUCGCGGAGUCUGCCUUGCAGAAGUUGAGGCAGAGGAUCGUCGGGUUGAUCCCAGGGGCGCCUUCAGACCUGCUGCGUGUUCCCGAGCGGCCUAGAGAUGAGAACACUUUGUCGGAUGCCAUCACCAACCACGACUUCUCGAGUUUCUGCCCGGAGCUGAGAGAGUGCUUUCUUGGAUUCGCGUGUCAGCUUGCAGCGAUUGGUUUCGAGGGAGUCGGCAAUGUCUCGCCGGGAGAAGGAGACGAGCAAAACACCUUGGUGAUCCUUCACAUGUCGGACUGGCUGCCUUCCUUCGGGGGGGGUCUCGAGGCAACUGCGACCGUCAUGUGA